AUGGAACAUCAGCUGCUGUGUUGUGAAGUGGAAACCAUCAGAAGAGCCUAUCUAGAUGCCAACCUACUAAAUGACAGGGUUCUGCAGACAAUGCUGAAGGCAGAAGAGACCUGCUCGCCCUCUGUGUCCUACUUCAAGUGCGUGCAGAAGGAAAUCUUGCCAUAUAUGAGGAAAAUAGUUGCCACUUGGAUGCUGGAGGUUUGCGAGGAGCAGAAAUGUGAAGAGGAAGUUUUCCCCUUGGCUAUGAAUUAUUUGGACAGAUUUUUGUCGUUUGAACCCCUCAAGAAAAACCGAUUGCAACUUCUGGGAGCUACCUGCAUGUUUGUGGCUUCAAAAAUGAAGGAAACUAUUCCUCUAACCGCAGAAAAACUGUGCAUUUACACCGAUAACUCCAUUAGACCCGACGAAUUACUGCAAAUGGAGCUGUUUCUGGUGAAUAAGCUGAAAUGGAAUCUGGCCGCAAUGACCCCUCAUGAUUUCAUUGAACAUUUCCUUACUAAAAUGCCUGUGGCUGAGGACACCAAGCAAAUCAUCCGUAAACAUGCCCAGACUUUUGUGGCUCUGUGCGCUACAGAUGUUAAGUUUAUUUCAAACCCACCUUCCAUGAUCGCAGCUGGGAGUGUGGUAGCAGCUGUGCAAGGCCUUCACCUGGGAAACACUAACACUUUCCUCUCCUAUCAAUGUCUCACACAUUUCCUAUCACAAGUUAUCAAAUGUGACCCGGAUUGUUUACGAGCUUGCCAAGAACAGAUUGAAUCCCUCCUCGAAUCCAGUCUACGCCAAGCACAGCAACACAAUAUAUCUUCAGAAACAAAGACUGUUGAGGAUGAAGCAGACCUUUCCUGCACACCCACUGAUGUGCGAGACGUGAACAUUUAA